AUGCAGAAGACUUUCCCUCCAAAAUUUAAAGGUCUGGGGAGUUUCACCAUUCCUUGCUCCAUUGGGAAUCAUGAUGUAGGGAAAACUCUUGUUAAUUUGGGGGAAAGCAUCAACCUGAUGCCCCUAUCUAUGCUUAAAAAAUUGGGUGAUCUUGAAAUUAAGCCAACAAGAAUGACGUUUCAGUUGGAAUAUAGGUCCAUCAAAUACCCGUAUGAUGUGGCAGAAGAUGUGGUGGUGAAAAUUGAUAAGCUCAAAUUCCCAAUGGACUUCGUGGUGAUGGAGAUGGAGGAAAAUACGAAGAUACCUCUCAUUCUUGGACAACCAUUCAUGAGGACAACCAAGGUUGUCAUUCAUGUGGAUGAUGAAGCUCUAACAUUGAAAGACCAAGAUGAAGAGGUGACUUUUAAUGUCUUCGAUGAUGUGCAGCUAAUACAAGCAAAACAAACUAGUUGUAAAGCUAAAGAUGAAGUUCUAUCAGUGAUUGGUUUACCUGGUAAAGCUACCAAGACGGUCAAUAGGAAUCAUAGUUGUUUCUCUUUAAAGUGA